UGUGUGGUGGAGUCUAUCUGAGCUGUGAUUGGUGCAGUCAGUCGGUGAGUCUGAGUAUUUCACAGUGAAGCAUCAGCACCUGAAACCCUGGAUUCAAAGCUGCCGUCUCUGCUGCCGUCGUCUACAAGGUGUAUGGAAAAAAUGAUGAGGAACAUCUGCGCUCUCGUCGUCCUGCUGCUGCUUCCUGCUGUGUGUGAGGGACAGCUGAGAGCUCAGGACUUCAUAUAUCAGGGAUACUCAAUGUCCUGGAAAGAGGCUCAGGCCCACUGCAGGGCGCAUUACACUGACCUGGUCACCAUCGCUGGGAAAAUUGAGAAUCAGAACUUCAUCAACACCCAGGGAUGGAUCGGUUUGUACCGAGACAAUUCAACCUCUCUGUGGAAAUGGUCCAGAAGAGACGAGAUAGCCAACUUCACCAUCUGGGACAGUAAUGAACCCAAAGCUGAUGAGAACUGUGCUUUUAAGUUCCUAAGCAAAGAGAAAUGGGAGAGCGAUAAAUGUAGCAGCAGGCGCGGUUUCUUGUGUUUCAACGAGAAGCUGGUUCUGGUGAAGGAGAGGAAGACGUGGGAGCAGGCUUUACAGCACUGCAGGGCUCUGGAGGCGGUCAACUCCAACCAGCCAGCCACUGAUUACCAGAACCACCGCUAUGACCUGGCCACCCUGCACAGUCCAGAUGACCACAAGUACGCAUGGGAGAAGGCAAAGUAUGCCCCCACUAAAGAGGUGUGGACGGGCCUGCGUUACCUGGCUGGUCAGUGGGUGUGGGUGGGCGGAGAACGAGUGCAGUACCUGGAUAUGAAAAGUUGCCCCACCGUCAGGUUUUGUGGCACCUUCCCAAAGAACAUCACCAAGAUAUACAACAUACGAGACUGCAGUCAGAAAAGGAGCUUCCUCUGUUACAGGAAGCCUUGAACGCAUCAGUCUUCUUCAAGUCUGUGGUUACUGAGAGGUUCUCAGCAAAGUUAGUGGAUUGUCCUUUUUAAAGUUGAUUUAUGAUAAUUAAACAGUUUCUGCAUUUGCAGUGUUUAAGUGGUUUACUCAUAGGAUGUGUCGUUUGAAGAUAUAUGCUCCUUCUGGUUCAAUUGAUGCCGACUAUUUCAAGAUGAAACCACCACAGCACAUUCAAUAAACACUUCUGUCAGACAAGAAACAAACAGUUUUAACUCACCUAGUAAUGGUCCGUCCUGCAUCGCAGACCUUCUAACCCCCUAUUCUACACCCAGGUCCCUCAGGUCAGCUGACCUGGGGCUCCUGGCUGUCUCACGCUCCAGACUAAAGGUGCGGACACACCAAACUGACGUCAAAGAUCUAGCGGCGAGGAAAGCCAACUGUUGCGUCGUCUACGUCACCUCACGUCGCCCUGUGUCAGUUGCAUUUGAACACACUACACGGACUACAUCCGACGGCCAAGUAGCACGUACGUUCUGCGCCUGCGUGAGAGAGAGCGGAGUGAGAGAGUGGUACAUCCUGUCAGCCGAGGGGUUUCCUAUCUGUGCAGCCGAGCACCGCAGCACCUCCACGGACUAUUACAUCCAGACGGUCCCGGUGUUUCCUCCGCAGGCUCCACUUCACUCAGCUGCCCGAUAAACCCGCUGCUUCUUCCCACUUUAACCUGAAUAACAAACCAGGGCUCGGUGCUCCGGUUGGAUCCAAACGGAGAGCCGGGGCUAGCUCAGAGACUAGCGGAGGCUAACUGGCUGUGCUUCCCUCCGGUCAUGCUGCGGCUAACGCUCCACUAGCCGCUCCCAGCUAGCUCCGGUUUGUUAUUCAGGUUAAAGUGGGAAGAAGCAGCGGGUCUGUGGGGCAGCUGAGUGAAGUGGAGCCUGAGGAGGAAGCACCGGUUAGCCCCGGUUUCACUACAGGCAGAUUCACUCGCUACAGGGGCGAGGAAAUAAAACCUGAACAGCCAAUCAGAGUGAUCUCUCUCACCGACAAGCUCCGCCGCCGAUUCAACAUGCUCAAUCGGCCGACAGACGCUCCCUGACGGCCUGACUGUCGGCUUGGUGUGUCAGGGCCUUUAGGCUCAGAGGUGAUCCCCCUCCACUGACUCGUUUAAGUCCAGGCUCCAAACCUACAUUUAUUCAUCAGCGUCUGAGUCCCCCUGAUGUGGUUCUCCCUGAUGCUGCCUGUGUGUGUUGUGUCUCUAAAUGUGUGAGCUGUGUACCCGACAGUUAUGUUGCCUCCUGUGGAUGCUAUUUAGCAUCUUAUUCCUUCCUCUUGUUUGGUCAACAUGAGUUGUUUUAAAUGUGCUUUAUAAAUAAAUUUGAGUUGAGUUGAGAAGAAUGUCUCAUGAUAAUCCACAGAUUGGUAGCAUUACGACAAAAAGGUUCAGAUGCUCCAAAUAUUUAGUUCAAACACAUCAUUACAUCCAGAGAUUUCCACAAACUGCUGUUGCAUCAUUUGGACCACUCAUAUUUCUCUUCCCACUGUCUGCAAAAAGUGUGUGUGAUGUGACCAAUAAA